GAAAGAAGAGAGAUCGACCAGGAAGAGGAAGAAAGAAAGAAAAAGAAAAAGGGAGCAGGGGAAGACGGAUGAUGAUGGUGAUGGAAGAUCGCGGUGGCAGGAAGAUUAACUAGUUCUCCCCUCUGAUUAUCUGUUUGUUCGAAGGAGAGAGGUCUGAUCGUGAGCGUUUUCUAAGGGGAUCCCAUUUGCGGUUUGAGAUCCUAAGCAAUGCCAUACCAGGAACAAUUUCCAAAAUUUGGAACAAAAAUUGCCGGGGGGGGUUGAGCAAUCAAGUGCUGUAGAAUUUUUUAUGGCAAUCAGUAAAACAGAAGUUAACUUGAGGAGGUUGCUUGCAGCAGCACCUCAGCAGGAAAAUCAGGCAAAACUUAUACAUGUACGUCCAGUAUGUUGCUACUUUAAGAGAACAGUUAGAGCAGUUGGCUGAAGAGAAAACUCCAGAAGGCUUACCAAGAGUUCCAAAGGCUGUGGUGAAUGAUUUUUCAGAGAAGGUUGAAGCCAUUGCUUCCAAAUUAGCUACUCCACCACGUGAAAUUCGGGUAUCUCAAGAUAACUCCUCGAAUUCCUCCAAGGAAAGUCCUAGAGCAGAUGGAGAAAUUUACCCACCCUCUUCUCCUGGGCUCAGAAGGAGAUUUGUUCCAUUGAACAAGCCUACAUCAAGUACGAAAACUGGAACUCAUGAUGCUUCUGAGGUUGAUGCAUCAACACCAGUUAAACUGGAUACUGCAACGCAAGCUCACAUUGAAAAGCACAGGAAGCUUCAAGAGGACCUGACUGAUGAAAUGGUUGGAUUAGCAAGGCAACUCAAAGAGAGUAGUCUUAUGAUGAGUCGCUCCUUAGAAAACACUGAAAAGAUACUUGAUUCCACAGAGAAGGCUGUUGAGCAAAGCUUAGCCAGCACAGGUCAUGCCAAUGUGAGGGCGUCACGGGUAUUCUCGCAGAGCUCUAAAACUACGUGCUUCACGUGGCUUGCCAUCUUUGCUAUGACUUGUAUUUUCAUCAUGGUUGUUCUCUUGAUUCGAGUCACAUGAAGUGAGUGUCAAUCCAGAAGGCUUCGCUCGUUCCUUUCGGUCUGUAUUCCAUCAUUUUGUGAUUGCUUGCGGGGAUUUAUUUCUCCGUUAUGCAAUCUUUUCGAGUUCUCUCUCUGUUUUACAAUUCGGGCUCCAAAGCAGUUACAAAUUUUUCUUCUGUUUCCGGGAGUGUCUGCUGUUUCGAUAUUUGUAGAUUGACAUUUAGGUCUCCCGAUGUAAUUCUCUUCAUGGAUAAGUUAUGAAAUGCAUAUACCUACAAUUUCACUCC